AUGGCUCCAAGAGCUGCUUCAGUUUCCACCACCGGCGAUGGCGUGGACCCAACUCUCAAGUUCGUCUUUAGCACUCUCAAGCAUGUCGAGCAGAUCAAAGUGAACUGGGAGGAAGUUGCAAAGGACAAUGGUAUUGGCUACGCCCGAAACGCUGCAUCCAAGUUCAAGGAUAUUCUUAAGAAGCACGGCAUGAAAUUCGAAAGCGGCGUGAUUAGCGGCCUGGGAGAUGCCUCACCAACCCCGAAGGGGAGCGAUGGUUGUGCAGAGUCUGGCGAAUCAAAGACCGCAAAGGGCAUGAAGAAACCAUCCCCACGCAAGCGCAAGGCGACUGGUCACGAUGGGGAUGAGGUCGAAGAUAUGACAGCCACUACCCCCAAGUCUGCUGCGAAGAAGAAGAAAUACAUGACAGCCAACGUCAAGAAAGAGGCGAGCGACGCAGAGAAUGGGGACGAUGAUCAGGACAACGAUGCCCAUGCCGAGCUUGAUGACUACGGAUCCAUUCUCUACCCAUUCUAG